AUGUCUCCCGAUAGACUUCUCAGAACAGUUCUGCAGCAUUACCCAGACGUCCACGAUGCUGCAAAGACCGAGCAGAUCAUCGGGUCGACAACACAUCUCCUCACCGAGCUCACAAAUCCUCUAAAUCUCGGCCUUCUCACGUCGCAACUGUUGACGGCUCCUGCGAUAUGGUUCCAGCCAGGCGGCAUUCGCACUUCGGUUCGAGUUAUCAGCAUUUAUAAUACCGCGGCCGCGCGCAUCCAUAACUACGAAGUCGCUAAUCGCGAUCGGAAAGAACCCCAUGAGGGCGGCGGACUGAGCUGCGAAGAAUGGACGCGCGCCGUCGUUAAAGGAGCGGACGAUCGAUCGAGGCGAUGGCAGCAUCUUUUGGUUCUAACCGGUGUUCUUAUGGGCAUGGAGUCCAGCAAUCGGCAGUCCUUGUCGCGUGGUAUGAGGAAUACUCUUGAAGAGGCGGUAGUGAUGGCGGCAAAUCUGGCACUCGAGAGUCACGACGAAGAUGGUCCGGUCGCAGGCGCAUCGGUUGUCAUGGCCCUUAACUUUGCCUUUCCGCUACUGUCUGACUUCCAUCGAAGCCUCAUCAACUGCAAUGCGCUGUUGCCUCUCAUUGUGUGGACAGUGACAGCUGAGGAGGGCCUCGGCCACGGUCAAUUCUUAGCGGCAGUGAGCUCCCAGGUUGUCGAAUCACCAAAUCAUCUCCUCGCAUGGUCACCAAGUACGCCCUCGUUUCGAUUCAUCCAAGAGCUGGAUAGGCGACCUACUCUAGCCAACAUGGGGCCGUUAGCGAAGCUUGCUGGGUAUGCUGUUCAACAGGCUACAGACACACAGGCUGUGAUUGCCGCGCAAGAUGCUCUUCUUGCCUUUAGCAGCCAGGUAUUGGAGAUGUGGCGGUUGAAUCGAUUGUGCGACAUAGAUCCAGCGCUUGAGGGCAAUGUGCUGACACAGGAGACCAUUACAAGCACAUGGCCAGUUCUAUGGAACCUGCUGAGGAAGCUCAUGUUUGGGACGGUUGCUAUUCUACAGGCGAUUGUCUCACGAAGUCUCCUCGACCCGCGUAUGCUCAACGAUAUGGCUGCUCCUGUCAUCGCGUCAAAAUCUCUUCGCAUAUUACGCAACAUCUUCUUCGUCUCGUCAAGGAACGGCAACAAUGCGUUCCAAGUGUACAACUUCACAUACCUCACUUCGAUCGACUCGCUCUCUCGGAGUGCCCCUGCUUGCCACAGUUUCCUCCAGGAAUUCCGACCAUCCGAAGAUGCAUCAACGUCAACGACAUAUCUACAAAGAAUCUUGGACCUAUUCUACCUUAAUGUCUCUGAACACUUACCACUCACUCUGCCAACCGAUGCAUGCGAUGCUCUUAUAAUCAAACCGGCGAUUGCAUACAUCUCACAUGAAGGGCCUACGACACAAAAUAUGGUUGAGAUCUUCGAAUCCGCACACAGUGCCAUUUUGUCAACCAUAUCUUGCCCUCAACAUAGCCCUCUUACCAUUGAACUCACACCUUUCUAUAUCGCUCUGCUGUUCAACUCAUUCCCGCAGCAUAUCUCAUCCCGUCAGUUCAGAGUGGCCUUCAAGACGGUGAUGCAGAUUGUAUCACCUCCGUUUCCCAUUGCAGAGCUGGAGCCGCAUCUAUCAGAGACACUUCUAGAGAUGCUUCGAGCUUCAAUUUCCACGGCAUCAACGAGUCUGCUGUCACCAACAGCAGAUAUCGUCGCACAAGCUGCGAUGGAAGAGACCCAGGAGGAACGUCAUUCUCAGCAGAGUUCACUUGCUUUAGCUCUAGUUGAUUCACUUCCAUACCUACCUCUUCCUCUGGUGGAAGAAUGGUUCACGAUCGCUGCUCAAGCCAUGAAUGAAAUUGAGGAUCCCGUACUAAGGGAACCAGUCAAGCAACGAUUCUUGCAGAUUCUUGUUAGUGGAGAGCUAGACGUAGAACGAGCAGCUAUUGGGGUAGCUUGGUGGGGAACUCGAGGAGGUCGAACACUGAUUCUCGGUGCAAGCGCGGAACCUGCCAUGAUGAGCGGCGCGCUCCCUGGGCCUGACAGGUCUAGCCAUCUGUAG